AUGACACCUACAGUCCUGUGUGAAUGCCCGCCGUUUGUUUCGACCAACAAUACCGGGAUAUUCCACAGUCCGAAUUAUCCACUACCUUAUCCACCGAAUGCGCUGUGCGCUUACACCGUGAAUGUACCAAGGGAUGGCCGAGUAAAAUUUAUCCUUUUGGAUGCUGAUUUGGAGAGAUAUUUCGAUAACCUGAUAUUAUUUGAUGGCCCGGAUUGCCUUUCGAGAAGAAUUGCGGCUGUGGACAGACGUACGGAGGAAGUUUUUAUCACAACAAGGAAUUAUUUGUUCGUGCUGUUCAUCUCAAACCCAUUUACAAAGAAACGAGGCUUCCAAGCACAGUUUGAGCAAACCAACGCACAAUCAACAGUCAGCACAAUAGCAGCACCAACUGGUUUGUUGAGAAACUGCGGUGGAGAAAUUGUAUCCGCAGAAGGCACCAUCGCUCACACGACCUGUUGCGAACGAUCUGUGCUGUGUAUUUGGCGCAUAAAUGGAGAACCGGGUCAUACGGUGGAGCUAAGGAUAACGAAAUUCAAGACUGCAAAUGGCGCCGACUUCCUUCAGAUACUCGAUGGAGCAGAUUGUUCGGCAAGGGAGAUUAGGUGGCUUCACGACAAGCCUACUUGGCCACAGAAUUUUGUCCAAUCGACUUCGAAUGCGCUCACAUUAAUACUGCGUUCCAUGGGUGAGAUGGUGGACUUUGAAGCAACCUACUCCUUGAGAAAACAGCCCACGACACAUAAUUUGUUUAACGCUACCACUGAAUUGACGUAUCCCGUCGACCCAGGAAAGCUGCACACGACAAUAAACGAGACGCUACCGAGUGAGACGCAAGAAACUACCUACGACUUCGCGUAUACACCCGCCUAGAAGCAAAAUUUAUCCGAGAAGAAGGUCGUUGUUAGCACCUACACGGAAUUAUGGACGAUGCAACACACCUAUCAAACCAUGGCUUUGUUCUUCCGCAGAAGUACUAUUAAACUGGUUUUUCAGUUUGGUACCCUUCAACGUUUGACGUUAUAUGUAUACAAGCUUCUUUAUUGAACCUUCCACUGACGGCGCAUAGAUGUAUGGCUUUUACUCUUUAAUGUGCUAUUAGCAAUCCAGCUGCUAUUCAA